UGCUGGUCCAGAGUGUGUCAUGGGUCCCUGUACGGCCUCCCAUUGCUGCUGUCUCCAUCGCCACACUCUGCCAUGUGCCACUUUCAGGUCUCCUCAAACUGCUGGUGGGUUCCAUUUUGUCAUAGGGUGCUGUAUGGCCUCCCAUUGCUGCUGCCAGGCCCGUAAUCUGCCAUGGGCCCCCGUACCGACUCCUCAUGCAUGCUGCUGCUAGGCCCGUAAUCUGUCAUGGGCCCCUGUACUGCCUCCUCAUGCUGCUGCCAGGUCCAGAGUGUGUCAUGGGUCCCUGUACGGCCUCCCAUUGCUGCUGUCUCCAUCGCCACACUCUGCCAUGUGCCACUUUCAGGUUUCCUCACACUGCUGGUGGGUUCCAUUUUGUCAUAGGGUGCUGUAUGGCCUCCCAUUGCUGCUGCCAGGCCCGUAAUCUGCCAUGG